GUGGGUAAGUACGUAACUCAACUUGUGAGGCAAAUGGGUUUCAGCUUAUCCGGUGUCUUAAAUUCAUUUCACGCUCCUUCCACAAUCUAGAUUAUUACAAGUUGACAACAAAACACCAAACACUCCCUUACUCCUUUCUCCUUCUUCUCAUUUCUUCUUUCUCCUGAAUUAACAAAGCCCUUUUUCUCUUAAAACACUCGCAUAACUAUUCUACUAUCUCUCCAUUCCUUGUCUCUUUAAGCAUGGACCUCACCCUCGUACCAUACCAACACACUUCCCCAUCUCCCCCCCAUCACAAUGAUCAUGAUCAUGAUCACGAUAGCUCUCCCCAUCCCAUCAUAAUCCGCCCUACUCCCGACAACUUCCUCGUCAAAUACAAAGAAUGCAUGCGCAACCACGCUGCAUCCAUCGGCCGCCACGCUAAUGACGGCUGUGGCGAGUUCAUGCCUCGCGGUGAUGAUGGUACCCUCGACUGUCUCACCUGUGCAGCCUGUGGUUGUCACCGUAAUUUCCACAGAAGGGAAGGUGCUUCGUCUCUGCAAUUUGACCACCUCCACCACCAAGUUUUCUCGUACAAUGGGGUUUCUGGGAAGAAACACUUGAUGACUUCUUAUUUUGAUGAUGGUGAUGAUAUCGAUGAUCAUGAUCGAAGAUCGGAAACGCCCGAGAAGGAGAAAGCGAACGUGGUGUCCUCCGGUGUAAGGGCGGCGGCCACUGCGGCGGGGGGAGGGAAGAGUAAAAGGUUUAGGACGAAGUUCACUCAGGAGCAGAAGGAUAGGAUGCUAGAUUUCGCGGAGAAGAUAGGGUGGAGGAUACAUAAGCAUGAUGACGUGGCGCUUAAUCACUUCUGUAAUGAGGUUGGUAUUACACGGAAUGUUCUUAAGGUUUGGAUGCAUAACAACAAGAAUACACACCGCCGUCAAGAAGCUGCUCUACCGGUGACUGCAGUGGCUGCUUCUCCUCCUUCACCUCCUCCUCUGCCUCCUGCUCCACCUCAGCCUGUCGGAGUCUAAUGUUUGGAUUGCUCCUCUUCUCCUCUCUUUAUAUUAGAAUGAUUAUGGGAAUCCACAGCUUGCUUGGAUUAAUUAGCAUCAUAUGUAUUAAUUAUUAGUAAUUAAUUAAUUAAAAUAGCAUUUUAUCUAAAAUGAUAUUUUAAAAAUCAAUUCCCAA